UUCGAUUGCUGGCGUUCGCUGAGCCGCUGAGUCUGGGCUGCCGGCGUCCUUCCGUGGUUGCCCGGGCUUGUCCCGAUCCUUUGCCUCAGAUAAAUUUUUAAGGGCCUCCCACUAUGCCAAGAAUGACCAGGUAUUGGAUGACUUCAAUUAACAAGACAGAUUGCUAUCCUAAGGGACAAAAUAUAGACACAUGAACAGAAGACGGAAAUUCCUUCUUGCCUCAGUGCUUGCUCUCCAAAAUUCAAGUUUUAUAUAUCCAUCAUGUCAAAGGUGCUUCUCUCGUAUAGUCCUUGACUCCAAAAGGUUUACUUGUCCCAAGUGUGGCUCUACUGGCAAAGCUGAAAGUGCCAGUUACAGAUACAGACUUUCCUUAAAAGUGGCAGAAUCCAGCAAAUUGUACAUCAUUACUGUGUUUGGAAGCUGCUUAGACACAUUUUUUGGACUCACUGCCACUGGUUUGAAGAGGUACCUUGAGGAUUCUAGUGAAAUCCCAGAACCCCUGGACAGUGUCAGAACGCAGAGCCUAUUGACCACAGCAGUAGAAAAUUGUUUUGUUGGACAAAGCUUUGUGUUUGGAGUGACGAAUUUUGGAGAUAUAUGUGAACAUGACUCAGCCAGCAGUAACUUCUUGGAGCCAUGCUGUAAGCACAAAGGAGAAGUCAGAACACUAGUAGCUUCCCAGAUAGUUCUGCCUGACCCACAUGUUACAGGCUUUACUGUCAUCGCCUACUUCAAUCAGCUUUUGCACAGUUCCAAUUUCAGGAAACAUCAUUGUGACUCUCAGGAGCAUAGCAGCAACUCACUCACCUUAGAUCACUCAGACAGUGAUCUUAGCAGCAUACAUGGCUCUGUGAAAACAUCCUGUUUUCUGGAGUCCUAUAGCAGAGAUGAUCUUUGCAGAUUCUGGCAGCCAUCACUUGAACUGACUUCUACUGACUCACAAGUAACAGCUAAUAAUGACUUUUCAGCUUCAGAACAAAUCAUGGCCAGUGGUACUCCUAACCAAAACAGACAGUACAUCUUUUCUGAAGUCACUGGUUCUAAGAACUGCCAUGAUCCCCUACAGAGUUCACGGAGCCUUGUUUCUUGUAUGGACAAGAAUAAUACAACAGGAAACUUGGGCGGAGAAUUUGGUUUACAAGCUAAUCAUCUGAGUCCAAUUUGCCCCAGUUCUCAUGAAACUAGGCUGUCUGACUCUAAUUUAUUCCCUUCACAAAUGCAAGAACCCUUUGAAGAAGAUAAUGAAGAAUGCUACAGUGAGGCAGAAAUUAAAAAUGAAUAUUCCCAGUAUGACAUCCCAUGUUAUCAGCAUCGUGACGUAAAUACUACCACCAUCCUUCAAGAGAGAUCUGCAUUUGCAUUGUCAUCACUCAGACAUGAGGAAAGAACAAGUACUUUCCAGAACUGUGACUCCUUAUUUUGGGAUGAUCUGCCAUUAUCUGAAAGCCUGAACAAGUUUCUGGCAGUUGUUGAAAGUGAGAUUGCUGUAACUGAAACAGACGCUAAGGCUAGAAAACAGGUUACAGAUAAUGACAUUGAUAAAUUCCAUACAGAGCACAGCAGGUUAUCUGUGACUCCCAGGAGAAAUACUGGAGCCUUGACUACACUGCCUUUAGGCUCAAGGUCAUCACAAGCAAUGGGGAAAGAAAACUCUAGUAAAGAGACCUUUUCCAAUUGUGAGUCUAAUCCAAGUCCUCAAAUUCAAAAAGAAUCAGAACCCAACAAGACAUCCGAGGCUGUCUCUAUAGGCAGUAAUAGAAGUGAUAUCUCAGAAUAUUUUCUGCCAGAUACUUGCCUGUCAGCUCUGUUUACAUCUUCAAAAGAUAUGGCAGCAUCAGUUACCCAAAAGAGGACUACUGGGAUCCUACAACAAAGGAAUGAAAUUUCACUCAGGCCUAGUACUUCAACAAGUGACUCUUCUUAUAUUAGUAACAAAUAUUUUAAUGGAUGUGGAGAAAAAUCACACUCAGAAACAAAAGGAAAAUUGACAAGCUUGUGUUCUAAGAAAUACAGUGAUGUUUCUUAUCUUCACAAAUUAGAAAAUAAGCAGUAUUAUAGAUGGUCAAAGAACCAAGAUGACCAUUUUACAAUAUGCCGGAAACUUACAUAUCCUUUAGAGACUCUUUGCAGUAGUCCAAGAAAUACAAAUAUAGCAAAAGAAUUACCUCACAGGCCUAUCAAUAAUAACUUAACACAAAGUUAUUCUGCUGAUCAUGAAGGUAGCUACAAUGCUUCUGCUGAUCUUUUUGAUGGUAUUGCUAGAAAUAAAGACAUUGGAACAGAAAUUACCAAAAUAUCACAGGAUGUUUUGUUGCCGUGGGAAGCAUCUUGCACAGAAAAUUAUCCUAUAGAUGAAAAUUGCAGCCGUCCUUCACAAAAACUACCCUUGCAAAGCAUAUCAAUGUCAGGGUAUCCAAGAGCAAGUUCUCAGUCAGAUUCAGAAUGUGAUUUUGAAGAAAGCCAAGACUUUGUUCCAUGUUCACAGUCAACUCCAGUUGCAGGCUUCCACCAAAGAAUUCAUGGCUUACAUGGAAUAUUGCCUUCCUUAUAUUCAAAUCUUAAGGCUAACUAUAAUAAAACAAAAAUUUCUCCUGAAAAUGGGAAGCGUCAAGCCACCUCAUCCUGCCUGAAGAAUGUAAAAACACCUAGCCAGAAAUCCCAAAGUCCUGUUAUAUCUAGUUUGACACAACCAGCGAUUUUCAACCACUGCCCUACUGCUGAGUACCUUGAAAGUGAUAUGGAUGAAUGGGUUCCCCCUACCACCAGAAAAGAAUUUCUUUCAGAUAUUCUUGGAUUCAAAGUCAUGUGUUUAAGGAAACGCCUUGCUAUUCAUUCCCCUGACCAAAAAGAGUUACCAAGAAAGAAACUGAUGAAAGUCGCACAUAAAACCAACAUGCUUAAUUAAAAGUUAAGGAAUAUAUUUACAGAAAAGGUUGCAAAAAGAGAAGUGUCCUAAGAUAACUAUAAAUGAUCAGGCUGAAAACAGGAAAAGUCCAUUUUUGUAUGUUUUUUCAAAGGUCAAAUGUGGCCUUCCAUUUUCAGAAUACUGCCACUUAGUGUUUGAAACAAAAGUGCUUGGUCACCAAAAUUAUUUUCACAUAAAGUCAUAUGAACCCAAUUCCCAGAAAUUUUAAAUAAAGGCAAAUCUGUUUGGAAAUAGUUUUCUUUAAUUGACACAGAAAGCAAUCCUUGUGUUUUGAACACUUAACAGAAAAUCAUUACUAGAGAAUGGACUGAACUGAGUGCUGUUGGAUCUUUCAAGGUUUCUCCAUGACUUUUUUCCAGAAUACUGUGAUUUAGGUAACUGAGCACUUUAUCUUGCGUUUGACUGUACUAAUCUGUUGAUUUUUGUAUUUAAAAGUAUUUGUUAAAAUAUAGACAUCCAAAAAUAAAGCCUUUCUUUAUAAGCCAAAA